AUGGGAAAACUAACGAGCUGCGUUCUGAUAGCGAUGGUCGCUAGUCCAUUUGUUAUCAAGUAUCUCAGACAAAUUUCCCAAAUCUGCGAUUCCUGGAGCCUGUCAUUCAGCCUCGACCGUUGGUUAACACAACAAAUGAGCAUAUCGUACUCCGAAAUUAUGGAGCAACAGACACUGAAAAUUCUGAGCAAUCAUCUACAAUAUCGGAGAUUAUCAGCUUUUGUAAGAAUGAAACCAGAACUGGAAGAGAGCAAGACUGAAGAAGAAGAAACUACCGAGUUGCCCCAAGAAAAUUUCAUUCGAAUUCCAGCAUUUGCAGUUCCAGCUGUCAUCGGAAAACGUGGGAUGACUUUGAGAAAACUAAUGUAUGAUUCGCAGGCCGACUGUGUGCUCCGUUCGUACACUCCAGAAGAGCUCGAUAUCGUUGUCGAUGGAAUCAAUCCCGACACAGAAUGGACGGAGAAGUUCGAAACCGAUGACUGGUUCGCCGAGGCUUCUGAAGCCGCACAUAACAAGAUCACCUAUUUGCUUGUGCGUACAUCCGAUCCACGCAAGCUUCAGAUGAUCCGAUUGAGAAUCGCCGAAAUUAUUGAAGUGGUUCAGAAGCCGUGGAAGACAUCAGAGUUUCUGGUUGAUUCGCAUAUGGUUGGAUACCUUGUUGGCAAGGGCGGUCGUAACAUCAAGUCUCUCCAUGACAAGUUCACUGUUCAAAUUCAAAUUUCUGAUCCGAUUCCUGGAAAUCCAUCGAAAUGCACUGUCACUGUUCGUGGACGCGAUUUAACAGCUCUGAAAGAAGUGGAAAUUGUGAUGAAAGAGACGGUAUUGCCAAAGAACUACAAUCGAGUUCCAAGGUACGAUGAGGAUACAUUGAUAGAAAAUGGAAUCUACGAGAAUGUUGAAGACGAACUCAAAGAUCUGAGAAGAGCCGCGGAUAUGUUAGCCCAGGGAUUUGUCUAA